AUGGAUAGGUAUGAGACAUCGGAUCCGUUCAUACGAUUCAGUGAACAACAAUUGGCGGAAAUCCGUAAAAUAACUCUUUCAAAAGUUUUGUGCGAAAACAGCGACAGUAUUGAUACUAUUCAGAGACAAAUCAUGGACUUACCCGACACUUAUCUAAAUCCGCGACUUCCGUGCGAAUCGAUGCCAAACAUUGAUCUAAUUCAUUGGCGAGAAAGAGGUAACUCUUGUAUUGUCAACAAUCGGGUUCUGGCUAUCGGUCGGUCCGAUCGGCUGUCGCCGUGUGUCAACUGUGUCUGCACUUUUGAAGGGGCCAAAUGUCAAUCGUUACGGAUAACCAAUUGUAACGACUUGUUUGCACAGUAUUCCCGACAACAGGUGCUCAGCGACAGUGUCUGCAAAGUCCAGUGCGCCUUCACUUUCAGCCAAAACAUGCGUUCCUCACAAUCCAGAAGAAUAUCCACUAUAUUUGGAUUCAGUCAAUGA